AAGAUGACUUCCACAACAGUGGAAUCGAUACAUUAGCAAUUUUAACAAUUCCACAAUUCCAUAAGUGUGGAAUUACUGAUAAUUCUAGUAAUUCUACAAUUCCAAAUCGUGUGAAAUUUUAUUUAAACAUAAUUGUUUGUAUUUAA